AUGUCUGCUCCUCAUAUUGUAGACACAGUAGCACUUUAUAUUUCAACUUAUAGCAACUUACCCCCAUCAAAUAUGUCUGAAGCAAUUAUUUUAUUAGCAAUUAAAAAUAUUAUUACAGGAAUUCCUAAUAGAAAUAAUACUUAUUUUUGCAU